AAAUCGAAAUGGGGACAAAACCGUAAAUUCGACUGAAAGAUAAUUGAGGAGUCGCUGCCAAAGGCCUUGCUUUGCUUGCUGGAACACUCUUGUAUAAUCUCCCCAGUCCAUAGUUCGCCGCCGUGCGCUUCUUGUUUCAGCAGAUAUUAUCUCCUCUUACAUUACAUUACAGCCAUUCCCUUUGCUAAUUUUCUUUACCUCUAAAAUAUAUAUAUAUAUAAAUAAAUAUCCCCAAAACCUAAACAAAAAUUAAAAAAAGGUUCAGACUUCACUUCACACAGAGAAAAUGGCUCACACUUGCUCAGCCUCGUCUCUCAGAUUCAACUCUCUAAUCUUCUCCCCUAACCCUAACCCUAGCUCUGUCUCCGAUUCUCACAGUCUCUCUCUCCAUCCCUCUCGUUCCAGGAAAUUAGGAAAGUUAGUUGGUUAUAAGAAGAACCUCCAGAGUUCUCCCGUGAGAGCCAUGUAUUCUGAGAAGUUUUGGGCACCAGAGAGGAGUUCUCAACAGGGGAUUUGGUCCAUAAGGGAUGACUUGCAAGUCCCAUCUUCUGCAUACUUCCCUGCAUAUGCGCAAGGCCAAGGGCCACCCCCAAUGGUACAAGAGCGCUUCCAGAGUGUUAUAAGUCAGCUUUUUCAGCAUAGAAUAAUACGUUGUGGUGGAGCUGUUGAUGAUGACAUGGCGAACAUAAUAGUUGCUCAACUUCUGUAUCUUGAUGCCGUUGACCCCAACAAGGACAUUCUCAUGUAUGUGAAUUCUCCUGGAGGUUCAGUUACUGCUGGUAUGGCUGUAUUUGACACAAUGAGGCAUAUCCGACCUGAUGUCUCCACUGUUUGUGUUGGACUAGCAGCAAGUAUGGGAGCUUUUUUGCUUAGUGCUGGGACCAAAGGAAAAAGAUACAGUUUGCCAAACUCAAGGAUAAUGAUCCAUCAGCCUCUCGGUGGAGCACAAGGUGGCCAAACAGAUAUAGAUAUUCAGGCAAAUGAAAUGCUGCAUCAUAAAGCUAACCUUAAUGGGUAUCUCGCCUACCACACUGGUCAAAGUCUUGACAGGAUCAAUCAGGAUACUGACCGAGAUUUCUUCAUGAGUGCAAAAGAAGCCAAAGAAUAUGGGCUUAUAGAUGGUAUCAUUAUCAAUCCUCUCAAAGCUCUUCAGCCACUGGCAGCAAUGGCAGAGGCCGAGACUAAAGUUGAGUCUGGUGUGUAAAUUUCUAUUGGGUGACUGCUGUAGUGGAGGACAUGGCUUUAUAGAAGAGUUAAAUGAAGGAUGAUCUUUUCGGUGUGCCUGAGUUCAUAUUAGUUCACGAUGCUGAUUUUCUUUGUAGCAGAGAAUUAAGAACCUUGAAUUUUGCUGCUGUUUACCCCUGAACUAAAAGCUUGAGAAAUAUAUCAAAUUCUAGAUAUGUAAUUUGCCUUUAAGAAGAUAAUCUCUCCGACAAUUCAUAUUGUUUUCUUCUUUAUAAUAAAUCAUAUCUUCGAUUCUACA